UAAACACACGGGGCCGUAGUCAUUGGCCAGCUGCCCAGCUCUAGCUGUAUAAAUAGAACAGAGCCUCAAAUGUUUCUGAUGAGUGACAAGACGAGGCUCCCGCCAAGCUGAAGUUAGUCACGUACGUACACGGCCAUGUCCACCGUCACCGAGAACUACGACCCGUGCUACCCCGACCAGCCGGUGGUGCACCGGUACCUCCCCGUGUGGGCCAAGCUGCCGUCGUUCGGCGCCAAGCCGGCCUUCGUCUGGGCGGAUGACGGCGCGGCCACCGCCGGAGCCAUGUCGUCGUACGCCGCGCUGACCUACUCCCAGCUCGACUCCGCCGUCGAACGCAUGGCGUCCGGCCUCCUCGGCACGCUCCGGCGAGCUGACACCGUCCUCGUGCUGGCCUCGCCGGGCCUCCGCCUCGUCAAGCUCCUCUUCGCGUGCCAGCGAGCGGGGCUCACGGCGGUGCCCGUCAUACCACCCGAUCCUUCCAGGCACGGCGCCGCGCACGCGCACCUUCUGCGCAUAGUGUCGCAGACGCGGCCGAGGGCGGCCGUCGCAGACGCUCGAUACGUCGACGCCGUCAUGGAGUCCGCUGCCGUCGCCGGAGCACCCGAUCGGCUCACCGCCAUGCUGAGGAGCCUACGGUGGCUGUCCGUCGACGAGCUGGAGCAUGGCGGUGCCAAUGGAGCAGCGCCGGUGAGGGGCUGCGAGCCGGAAGACGCGUACCUGAUCCAGUACACCUCCGGCGCGACGGGCGUGCCGAAGCCUGUGGUGAUCACGGCGGGCGCGGCGGCGCACAACGUGCGUGCAGCGAGGAAGGCCUACGACAUGCACCCCGGCAGCGUCGUCGUGUCGUGGCUGCCACAGUACCACGACUGCGGCCUCAUGUUCCUCCUCCUCACCGUCGUCGCGGGCGCCACGUGCGUGCUGGCCUCCCCCGACGCCUUCGUCCGCCGCCCGCGCCUCUGGCUCGAGCUCGUCGCCGAGUUCAAGGCGACCUGCACGCCCGUGCCGUCGUUCGCGCUGCCGCUGGUGCUCAGACGCGGCCGCUCACCGGACGAGCGGCGGCCACCGCUUGAGCUAGGCAGCCUGGAGAAUCUCAUACUGAUAAACGAGCCGAUCUACAAGUCGUGCGUCGACGAGUUCGUCGCGGAGUUCCGCCGCGACGGGCUGCACGCUGCGUCCAUCUCGCCGUCCUACGGCCUCGCCGAGAACUGCACGUUCGUGUCCACCGCGUGGCGGAGCCGGUGCGUCGACCUCCCGCCGUACAGGAAGCUCCUGCCGUCGGCGAGGCUGUCCCGCGUGGCCGACGACGAACCGGAGAUCGAGAUCGCCGUGGUGGACGAGGAGACCUGUGAGCCGGUGGAAGACGGCGUGGAGGGGGAGAUAUGGGUGCGCUCGCCGAGCAACGGGUCGGGGUACCUCGGCCACCCGUCGGCGAGCCGCGAGGUGUUCUGCGCGAGGCUGCCGGGGAAGGCCGGCUCGUCGUGCUUCGUGCGCACGGGCGACCGUGGCGUGGUCAGGGGAGCAGAGCGGUAUCUCUACGUCCUUGGCCGGAGCGCCGACGUCCUCGCGCUCGACGGCGGCCAGCGCAGCGCGUACGCGCACUACAUUGAGACGGCGGCGUUCGGCAGCACGCCGGGUCGCCUGAGAGGCGGCUGCAUUGCCGCAUUCACCGCCGUGGCGGCGCCAUCAACUUCGCUGGUGGUCCUCGUGGCGGAGCUAGUGAAGGAGAGCGGGGGCGGCGGCGGCGGCGAUCACAAGGGUAUAUGUGAAAGCAUAAGGCGAGCAGCGUGGGAAGAGGAAGGCGUGAGGGUUACCUGGAUCGUGCUGGUGGAGAGCGGCGUUGUGCCGAAGACAACGUCGGGGAAGCUGCGCCGCCGUGCAGCGAGGGAUAAGCUGCUCGCCGGCAAGCUUCCGACUCUCUUCGAAGCACGGUACGACGUUACCGAGAGCUCGGUGCCAGGGAUCGGAGGUGAAGAGGAGAUGGAGUGUGCCGCCAUGUCUACGGCUUAUGGAAGUGCAAGUCGCCGUCUUCGUCUGCAGUCGUUUCUUUGAGC